UUGGGGUCUCGAGGACCGCGUUGACAGCUUCGACGUGCUUCGAGGACGAGCGAGCGAUGGCGCCGACGGAGCUCGCCCUGCCCAGCGGCCGAUUGCAGCGCUGGGGUCUCGCGUUGCUGUUUGUGGUGAAUGUCGCGUGUGGCGCAGAUCCGUGACGCAGAGCUAUUCGUGGGAGACGAGGUGGUACGAGCAGAGGCUGGACCAAUUUAGUUCGAGAAACGCUACCUUCCCGCAGAAGUUUCUGCUGCGAGCCCAGGAAUGGGGCAAGGCGGAGUCGAAGGCCCCGAUUUUCUUGCACUUCUUGCAACGAAGGGAAUAUCGAGUGGAGCGGCGAGAUCACAGGGUUUCUGUACGACAUAGCUCCCCGUUACAAAGCUCUGCUCGUGUUCCUGGAGCACAGGUACUACGGCGAAUCCAUGCUGUUCGGAAGUCAGCAAGCAGCUUACAAGGACGCGGACUCUCUGGCUUUUCUGAACAUCGAGCAGAUGAUGAGAAUGUCUUCGUCACUCUCAUCACGGAUCUGAAGCGGAACCUGUCAGCUGAAGUUUGCCCCGCGGUGCUGUUCGGUGGAUCCUAUGGAGGCAUGUUGGCUGCAUGGAUGCGGCUCAAUUAUGCCCACAUUGCAAUCGGAGCCAUCUCGUUGUCUGGUCCGAUUUUGUGUUAGAUAAUCUUUUCGUUUCUUUGUUUUAUUAUAAUCUGUCUAUAGUUACUAGUAGCAACUGUUAUUAGCAUUGUGUAAUUAAAUGCUUCAAACUCCUGCAUGGAUUUCAUGCUGUGUGAGUAAGUCCGAGUAUCAAGGCAUGGUCCCUACAUGUUCAUAAUGACUAGUAAGUGCGUGUCAUGCACUCAAGUAAGUGUUAGUAGUAUAUAAACCCCCUUUACAUAAGAAAAGGCAACAAGUCAUUUUGCACCACAAUCAGUUCGCGUCAGUUCUAUUACUCUCGUGUAUGUUUUCUCUCUUGUGUUGUAUAGGUUUGAGCAGGGCAGUUUGUCGAAUAAUUUAUCUGGGUCUUGAGUGUUUUGUGUGAUCUAGUUGCAGCGGGCCGUGCAAACCAACAUUCUGCAGUUAAAAGAUUUGGCAUCUCCCUACUCCUUCACUCACACAGUGAGUGCCAAUUUCAAGGCCGCCAGCGAGUCAUGCUACCAAACCAUCAGGGACUCAUGGACUUUGAUGGAACGAUUGGGUUCAGCGAAGGAAGGGUUGCGUAAGUUGAGCAGCCAGUUCCACAUGUGCGCUGAUCUGCAUGAUUCGGGCGAACUGGGCGUCUGGACCGACAAUGCUUAUGCGUAUGUUUCCAUGGUGAAUUACCCUUAUCGGUCAUCAUUCCUGCAAAAUUUGCCAGCCAACCCUAUCAACGAGAUCUGUAAGGCAAUGGAUUCGAUUCCUGAGUCAGAUUCCAUGGCCAGGAUUUUUGCCGCGAUGGAUGUGUACUACAGGAGAAACACUGGAGACCUGACGUACUUCGACAUUUAUGACGAUCCUCACGGCAUGAGUGGUUGGGACUGGCAAGAUUGUACGGAGAUGGUGAUGCCUCAUAGUAACCGGAACACGAGCAUGUACUUGCCUUUCGAGUGGAAUUUCGAAGACUUCGCCUACUGGUGCGAGAAGAACUAUGGGGUGAGACCGCGAUCUCACUGGAUUGUGGAGGAAUUCGGUGGCCAGGAUAUAGAGGCCGUCUUGAAGAGGUUUGGUAGCAGCCUUGUCUUCUCGAAUGGAUUGGUUGAUUUGUGGAGUGGAGGCGGUGUCCUGAAGAACAUAUCUGCUUCGAUUGUGGCUCUGGUAACCGCGAGGGAGCUCAUCAUUUAGACCUCUGGGCGAUUCAGCCUGAAGUCGGGCCUCAGUGGUUAGUUCACCAGCGAAAUGCGGAAUUACAACAUAUCGACAGGUGGCUGCUUGAGUUCUAUGCGGACAGGGAUGAUGGGCAUGUGGAACAGGCUUGACGGAAUUUCUGUGAAACUUCGGGUUUUAUUUUGGCCAUUGACUUCUCUUACUCUAUGCUCUAUGACUUCAUCAUUCGUUCCCAGUGACAGAGACCUCCACGUGACAGAGACCUCCACGGGUGGCCGCCGGAGUCACUGGACCCGCAACUCCGCUGGAAGGGUUCCAUCGUCCGUCCAUCCGAAGGGCUCCAUCAUCCGGUGGAUUUGAGGUUCUUGAGCAAAACGGUCGAAGCAAUCGACUGAAAUCACAAAAUUAUAAGUGCAUUUCUGCAUCGAAGUAAAAUGAGAAGUCAGAAUUGUUCGUCUUGAGAAAAGAGUUCUUGUUGAGAAGAACGUAAACUGUCAUGACAGUUUACAAUAUUGUACCAUUACUUCUAGGGCUCCGAUAACGUUCGGGUAGAACCCGAAAACCCGAGUUCGGGUAAAGGGCUGUAUCCGACUCGAAACCUAGAGGUUAAAGAAAUUGAGGGUCUGCUAGAUUUCACAUGCGAGGCUUGUUUGAAAGUCAUUGCGGGAGGUUGUUAUUCUUUCGAAUGAUCGAUCCUCAAGGGAAAGGGAGGGCUGUCAUUCACCUGCAGGCUCGGUGACCUUGAUCGCGUCCCGAAGUCUAGACUUUGAAGCUUGAACAAAAGGUGAAAUUCAAAUCUAGGCUACAGCACACUGCCAGUGGCGUUCAAAUGCUACAGAGGAUUUUUAGGUGCUGAGAAUCUGUGGAGCUCAGAUUCUCCGGCGCCGUGCGGCAGAUGUGGAGGGGAAAGUGAGGGCUUCAAGGAAAUCGGCAAGCGGGCCCUCCUUUCACAGGAAAGCUCGAGAAUGUUGGAAGGAGGGCUGGGAUUUUGCAGCGUAGAAGGAUGGAUUCUAUAAUUCUUUGGAAGCCUGGAUCGGACGAAAUGCUGGACUUAGAUUACUUAUACA